AUGCAGCUCACCUUUUUAGCCACAGCCAAACAAGUUAUCAAAAUGACUGAGAAGGCCAAAGCUGCUCUAGAAGAGCAGACUAUCAGAACUUUGUCAAAGAAGCAUAAAAACAACAGCAGUAGAGAUAGUGGGAACAUGAACCUAAAAAAGGCCAAAAAAACCCUACUGCCUGGUAACACUCCCACCAAUGGUGCAGGAUCUAUGGAUGAAGAUAAGCCAGUUAACAAAAAUAGGCCUGUAACAGCACUAUUGUCUUCAUGUCCAGAGUUGAUUUCUAGUCAGCAGGCUGUUGUGCAUACUGAGGAAGAAGAGAAUACAUUGUACAAAGAUGACGAGAUGGCAGAAGACAAGCUCUGGAUGAUGGAUGAGGUAUGUGAUGAAGACAGAUUUGUUGAUGAGGCUGAGUUGUUAAAUGAGAGAGUGUGGAUUCAACCAGUCAAGUUAGUGCUUGUCGAGGUGUGCAAGCUUGCAUGA